CUGUAAAUCAGAGUUGGACCUGCAGCACCCCCGCACCUAGAAGGCCACCAUGACCGAGGAGAGUUCCGAGGUGCCCAGGGAGUUGAUAGAAAGCAUAAAGGAUGUUAUUGGCAGAGAGAUAAAGAUUGCAUUGAAAAAGAAAGUAAAGUUGGAAGUGAAGGGAGACAAAGUUGAAAACAAAGUGCUGGUGCUGACGUCAUGCCGAGCCUUCCUUGUCACAACACGAAUCCCCACCAAGCUCGAGGUAACCUUCAGCUACCUGGAGAUUCACGGUGUCCUGUGCAGCAAGCCAACUCAGAUGGUUGUGGAAACUGAGAAAUGCAGCAUCUCCCUGAAGAUGGCAUCACCUGAGGACGUGAGCGAGGUGCUGGCGCACAUUGGCACCAGCCUGCGGAAGAUCUUCCCUGGCUUCUCCCCAGUGAGAAUCAUGAAAAAAGUCUGCAUGGAGCCAUCUGAGCGACUGGCCAGUCUCCAGGCUCUGUGGGACAGCCAGACUGUGGCCGAGCAGGGCCCCUGUGGUGGAUUUUCUCAGAUGUAUGCCUGUGUUUGUGACUGGCUUGGAUUUUCAUACAGGGAAGAAGUACAAUGGGAUGUGGAUACAAUUUAUCUGACACAAGACACCAGGGAAUUGAAUUUACAAGACUUCAGUCAUCUUGACCACAGGGACCUAAUACCUAUCAUUGCUGCUCUGGAAUACAAUCAGUGGUUCACUAAGCUGUCCUCUAAGGAUCUAAAACUGUCCACUGAUGUCUGCGAACAGAUCUUGAGGGUGGUGAGUAGGUCCAAUCGACUGGAAGAACUGGUGUUGGAAAACGCUGGACUUAGAGCAGAUUUUGCACAAAAACUGGCCAGUGCUCUAGCACAUAAUCCCAACUCAGGACUCCAUACGAUUAACCUUGCUGGCAACCCACUGGAGGAUCGAGGUGUGUCGUCUUUAAGUAUUCAGUUUGCCAAACUCCCAAAGGGAUUAAAGCAUUUAAAUUUAUCUAAAACCUCAUUGUCACCUAAAGGGGUGAAUAGCCUUUCUCAGUCACUCAGUGCCAACCUGUUGACCGCCACCACUCUUAACCAUCUGGACCUCUCAGGGAACAUCCUUCGCGGAGAUGACCUCUCGUCCAUGUACAGUUUUUUGGCCCAGCCAAAUGCCAUUGCUCAUCUGGAUUUGUCCAAUACAGAAUGUUCCCUGGACAUGGUCUGUGGAGCUCUUCUCCGUGGCUGCCUUCAGUAUUUAGCUGUGCUCAAUCUCUCCAGAACUGUCUUUUCUCACCGGAAAGGAAAAGAAGUACCCCCAUCUUUCAAGCAGUUUUUUAGUAGUUCUCUGGCUCUGAUGCAAAUCAACCUUUCAGGCACAAAACUGUCUCCUGAGCCCUUAAAAGCGCUGUUAUUGGGCCUGGCUUGUAAUCAUAACUUGAAGAGGGUUUCUCUUGAUCUCAGCAACUGUGAGCUGAGAUCUGGAGGUGCGCAGGUAUUAGAAGGCUGCAUCGCCGAAAUCCACAACAUCACGAGCCUAGACAUCUCCGAUAAUGGUUUAGAAUCUGACCUAUCUACCUUAAUAGUGUGGCUCAGUAAAAACAGAUCCAUACAACACCUGGCGUUAGGCAAAAAUUUUAAUAAUAUGAAAUCCAAAAAUCUGACACCUGUGUUGGACAACUUAGUACAGAUGAUUCAAGAUGAAGAAUCACCUCUGCAGUCCUUGUCCCUGGCUGACUCAAAACUCAAGACCGAGGUCACCAUCAUCAUCAAUGCCCUGGGAAGCAACACCUCCCUGACCACAGUGGACAUCAGUGGGAAUGGCAUGGGGGACAUGGGGGCAAAGAUGCUGGCCAAAGCGCUGCAGAUCAACACCAAGCUCAGGACUGUUAUAUGGGACAAGAACAACAUUACUGCCCAAGGCUUUCAAGAUAUAGCUGUUGCUAUGGAAAAGAACUACACGUUGAGAUUUAUGCCAAUUCCUAUGUAUGAUGCUUCUCAAGCCUUAAAAACAAACCCUGAAAAAACAGAAGAGGCUCUGCAGAAGAUAGAAAACUAUCUGCUCCGGAAUCACGAGACUAGAAAAUACCUUCAAGAGCAGGCCUACCGCCUACAGCAGGGCAUUGUCACCAGCACCACGCAGCAGAUGAUUGACAGAAUAUGUGUGAAAGUACAAGAUCAUCUCAACUCUUUACGAAACCGUGGGGGAGAUGCUGUCCAGGAAGAUCUAAAAUCAGCGGAAAGGCUCAUGCGUGAUGCUAAGAACUCUAAAACGUUGUUACCAAAUUUAUACCACGUUGGUGGUGCAUCUUGGGCGGGAGCCAGUGGCUUGUUAUCCAGUCCAAUUCAGGAGACCCUGGAAUCAAUGGCCGGAGAAGUUACGAGAGUUGUAGAUGAACAACUCAAGGCGUUGCUCGAGUCCAUGGUUGACGCUGCCGAGAAUCUUUGUCCCAAUGUGAUGAAAAAAGCCCACAUUCGGCAAGACUUGAUUCAAGCCAGCACUGAAAAGAUUUCCAUCCCACGUACCUUUGUUAAAAAUGUCCUGUUGGAGCAGUCUGGAAUUGAUAUCCUUAACAAAAUUAGUGAAGUGAAGUUGACAGUGGCCUCCUUCCUAUCUGACCGAAUCGUGGAUGAAAUUCUGGAUGCACUUUCACACUGCCAUCACAAACUGGCUGACCAUUUCAGCAGACGUGGCAAGGCCCUUCCUCAGCAAGAUUCCUUGGAGAUCGAGCUGCCUGAGGAGAAGCCCGUUAAACGCUCCAUCAUCAUGGUGGAGGAGCUCACAGAGAUGGAACGUUUGGAAGAUCUGGAUACUUGUAUGAUGACUCCUAAAUCCAAAAGGAAGACUAUCCAUAGCCGAAUGCUGCGGCCUGUUUCCAGGGCAUUUGAAAUGGAAUUUGAUCUUGAUAAAGCCCUGGAAGAAGUGCCAAUUCACAUUGAAGACCCGCCUUUCCCAUCCAUCAGACAAGAGAAGCAGAGCUCAGGGUUUAUCUCUGACUUGCCGUCCGAGGAAGGAAAGAAGCUGGAGCACUUUACCAAGUUAAGACCAAAACGGACGAAGAAGCAGCAAUCCACGCACGCAGCGGGCUGUGCUACCAGCCUAGUCUCCCAAGAUGGUGAACAGAAUGGUCUUAUGGGGAGAGUGGAUGAAGGUGUAGAUGAAUUUUUCACCAAGAAGGUGACCAAAAUGGAUUCCAAACGGGAGGCAGAUAAACUUGGAAAUGAUGCCAUCUCCCAGGAUUCUUCCAGUCUGGCCUUGAGCAGCACAGAACGGUUGGAUGGAGGUGGGGCAGUGCCUAAAGUGCAUCCAGAGAACCGCUUCGGUUUGGGAACACCAGAAAAGAACACCAAAGCAGAGCUCAAGGUGGAGGCGGGCUCCAGGUCCCGGAGCUUUUCCAGCAGGCCCACCAGCCCGAAGCCCCUCCUGCAGUCCCCCAAACCCAGCCUGUCGGUGCGGCCCACCAUCCCGCAGAAACCGAGAACCGCCUCGCGGCCUGAGGACAUCCCAGACUCUCCGUCCAGCCCGGAUUCCCCUAAAGUCGCUCUUCUUCCGCCUGUCCUGAAAAAGGUUCCUUCGGACAAGGAGAGAGAUAGCCAGGGCAGCCCACAGCCCAGUCCCAGGACGUUUUCCCGGGAAGUAGUGCAAAGAGGAGAUUAUUACAAAAGGCAUUCAGAUCAUGACAGUGGCAAGCCUUCCAGUAGAGGGAAAAGACCUUCAAAACUGUACUCCACCAUUGCAGAAGAGGAAGUGAAUGCAAUUGGGCACAGGAAGUCACAGCCAACAAAUGUGUCCAGGAGAAGCUGGGGCCAGCAGGCCCAGGAGUGUCAGGAGCAAAAGCAGUGGUCCUCCAGUAAAGAUGGCCAGCAAGGCAGCAAAUCCAGUGACUCUGGGGAAGAAGCAGAAAAAGAGUUUAUUUUUGUGUAAUGGUCACCCAUGUAGAAGUCUUACCAUGCGGGGUGCGUUUGCUGGCCAUCAGGGCAACACCUCUUCCUACUUCCUAAGCAUCUUCUCUUGGUGCUUCUUCCUUUGUCCUUCCACCCCCCGCCCCACCAAAACUGAAACAGAUCCAUCUCUCAGUAAUCAAAGCACAUGUCUGAUCUUCUCCCAACCCUUAGCAUUUGAUUUCUAUGCAUUCCUUCAUAUGCCUUCAGUGAAUGCCAGCAAUUAUCCCAUGGGCCCUACUUGAAUUUCUCUGAGGCAGCUACAGUUUGCCCUGUAAGAUGAGUUUUGGGAGGUAAACAAAGUAACUGGACACACACUCACAAGUAACACCAUCCAGCUGACCCUGGGGUACUGCUGCACGUACCUGUGUCAAAUCUGCACUUGACUUGAUAGAGCAAUUUAUUCUUGAUGUAUGCAAUUACACACUGUAAUUAUAUUAACAGAGCACACUAAUAAUUUGUAUAAAUUAUAUAUAUUAGAUCUUGGGUAUGGUUUUUGCAUUCUCCCAUGGGGAACUUCUUCCUUCCCGAUGUGGAAUUGUACAUUUAAACUUGGUCUGGUGACCUUUGUGAUACCAUCAACAAGCAAGUUAAGAACCGAGUGAAAGGCCCGUGGCUGAUUCUACCAUGUGCCCAGAUUAAUGUAUAUCGUUGACUGGAAUGAGGUUUUAUGAAUAUUCGUGUUUUUUGAAGGCCUUUAAUUUCUGUCUGCAUAUUAGCUUUUAACGUGUGAUUAAGAGAGAAUACUUUGACACCUGUAAAAAAAUCAAACCUACUUUUUAAGACA